AUGGGGAAGGCCCCGCCCCUCACCAGAGGCGACGCUUGCGGGGAAGGCGUCGACGUCGACAAACUCGACUACCUUCUGCGCGAUGCGAUGGCGUGCCACGGCGCCUCGCGCCCCUUCGAGCUCUCUCGCCUCUUCGAGUCGACUCGCGUCAUCACGCCGCACCCGGGCACUCGGAUCGCAUCCGCGGCGCGCGGUGGACACAGGAUGGGCGUCUCGAGGGCGCAGGCGCAGGCGCAGAUCUGCUUCCAGCUCAAGGCUGCAGCCAGCCUGAUCUACACGUUGCGCGCCAAGCUGCACAAGAAGCUCUACCAGCACCACACCGCCAACGUCGCAGAGCUCAUGAUCACCGACGUGCUCAAACUCGCCAACGACCACUUCUCCUUCCGCGGCAGCGACAACGCCGCCACCACGCUCGCGCAGGCCGCCCUCGACCCGAAGGCGUUCGCGCGGCUCACCGACGCCAUCCUCGACUCAAUCUACGUCUCGCUUGAAGAGGGGCUCGACGAGGCGCAGGGGCUGAUCGAGCGGAUGAAGAAACGCGACUAUUACCGCCAGAUCGGCCGCUCGACGCAGAUCUCGCCGCUGCCGCAGUGCUACUACUGCGGCGAGCUGACGGAGAUCCGCAGCAAGUUCUGCGGCGCGUGCGGCAAAAAGUGCAAGGGUCGCCUUCACGUCAGCGAGAGGCCCGACGAGCCUCACGGCCCAAACAACCCGGCGGUGGCGCAGCUGAUCGGCAAGCGGCCGCCCGACUUCGAGCAAGACAUCCUAACGUUCGUCGACGAGGCGUGGCGCGCCGAGGCGGGGGAGGCCGUGCCACGAGCCGCGUCUCUCCACGGGGCUGCCGCUGGUAGGCGUGGCGCGGCGAGGUGCGUCUGGCUCGUCGACAUCAAGCCGCCCUCCUGCUCAAAGUGCUCUGUCCUCGGCGGCGACCACGGGGACAACCUCUACUGGCGCGUGAACACGGGCUUCUACAACCCGAAGGAGGAGGGGGAGCAGAAGGACUCGGUCCACUACGUCGACAUGGAGUCGCAGAUGUCGCCCGCGUGGACGAAGCGUCUCAAGGGCAAGGGGGCGACGAGCCAGGGCAAGUCGACGCUGCGGCCAAUGAAGAUGUUCACACCCGUGGGCGAGGGUGAGGAGUCGACGGAGGCGCACCCUUCGAGCGAGCCGGGCGGCGACUGA